AUGCCUAAACAACCCGCGAAGUCGGGCAAGAGGCUGAAGCGGGACGACGACCAUGACUCUGACGAUAGCGACGAAGACCUUCAACCCAUACAUUUUUUCGUCCCCGGCGAAAACAUCAAUGCCGCAGUCCUGGUUGAUUACAUCACACGAUGGGUCGAUCGCACAGCAAAGAUUACAUCGGCUCAACAUCCCACGGAUAAAUCACGGACUGGUUUCAGCGUCCUAGCGAAAAGAGCACUCAAUGCCGUUAGCAUUCGCGAUCUCAUCAAUGACUCGAGAGACUGGGACUUGGAAACACAAAGCAGAGAAUAUAGAAAAGAUCCGUACGAUUAUAGAGAAUCGGAUACAGCCAGGCGUCGGGCGAAAAAGGGUCCCUCAGAAGGCGGCACCAAUCGACCGCAGCAACCUCGGGUCAAACGAGACGUAACAAAUGAGCCUGCUGACGGCGGGCGACAAGAGAGAGUGACAGCGACAUCAAAUGUGGCGGCCAGCUCUCCUCAACCUGCGUACCACCAACCUCAACCUCAAUACGGCCAAUAUUCUGGUUAUUCCCAGCCGCAUAACAUGCAACCGAACCCCAGUCCGUACUAUCAAGGUCAAUCAAGACCCGACCAAGCCUCGCCGAGUCUCAACAUCACGGUGAACACGGCCACGUUUGCGCCGAGACCUGGACAACCUGGACAAUACAUGCCGACUGCAUAUCAAACCACGGGAUAUGCACAUACCCCCCAGCACGAAUCUGACCCGCCGCCCGCCUACCAGCAGUCUAUGAUCAGUCGUGGUCCUUCAAACCCGCAACCGCCGUCACAUCCCGGGCCCGACACCUUUGACGCGGCCAAGGCGGGGGGGACGAGCCGAAAUUUCCCUGCACAGGCAACGCGACAAGGCUCGACCGACUCCAAAGAGGACUUUCCUCGAUCCCAGAGUGCCCAAGACCGUCGACCGUCAACGCUUGACCCGUCGGGACGGAGAUCUGGACGUUAG